CAUUGCUAGAUGAGAAGCCAUUAAAUAACCAGAAUCCAAAGCUCUUUUUUUCUCAUUUCGGUAUCUCAUUCCCCUAAUUGUACAUCACUGAAUUGCGAGCUCAGAGAACGAUGUGCCGUUUCAGGCCGUAAAGGUCCGAGUCAGUGCAAAUGGAGGCCCCGGAAGGCGAGUCCAACCGAGACAAAUCGAGCUCCUCCUCUUCUCCCAUCUCCGUCGUCUCCAAUUUCUGGAAAGAAUUUGAUUUGGAGGGAAAAAAAAGAGAACCGGAUGAGAAAGGGCUUAGGAUAGCUGAAAAUCAAGAAAACAGCCAGAAGAAUAGGCCGAAGCUUGCAGAGAGCACUAGAGAUUUCAAAGAGUACCAAUUGCGCUGCCAACUCCGAGGCCAUGAAGACGAUGAGCAAGAUCUGAAAUUGUCUGAAUUAGAAUCUGAGAAUGGGAAAAUGAAAGUUGAGCAUGAAGAAUUUAGGACAGAAGCAACUCAAAGUCAAUUGUUCGAGCUUCGUGCUCAAUCUGAUGAAGAGAGGGCAACCAAGCAAUCUGAGGUCAAUCUUCUGAUGGAAAUACCAGAUCCUAUCUUUAUUUCAUAUGGAGGCUCACGACACACCAUAUUGCUCUUGGGUAGCACACCCACUGAAAUUGAAGUCCAUAUCCCUUGCCGUUUUAAAGUACCGCCGAUGUUGUUGGGCUGCUGCAAUGGCAUUAUUUGCUUGGGAAACUAUCACAAAAUGGUGUUGUGGAAUCCUUGUAAUGGGACGUUCAUAACCAUUAAGGAUACACCAUCACUGGGUUCAUAUGGAUUUGGGUACACAGAGGAUGAUUACUAUCUGAUCAAGGUCCUGCCAACUAUUCUAACUAAACCCAGAGGAGGAUUCGGGCACACAAAGGUAGCGAAGGUGGAGUUCUUUGCAGUACAGUUGAAAUCUUGGACCACCAUUCAUCUCUCGGACGACACUUUUGAAAUUUUUGGCAACGAAUGGGGGAGGUUUGUGCAUGGAAAGCUUUACUGGAAGGGCCUUGGGAGUUCUCACGAAAAAAGUGGUGUUGUGAUAUGUUUUGACCUUAAGAAGAAGAGGUUUCAGAAUUUUGGACUGCCAAAGGAGGCUAUCACCAUGGAAAACGUGAGUCUUGCGGUACUCUCAAACCAGAUAUGCGUGUCUCUCUUUAAUCCAGUUGAGAACAAGGUGAUAUUGUGGUUAUUAAAGAUGGGGGAGUUUGGGAAACUCUUUCCAUUAUUGAGGAAGCAACAGAAUAUUCCUUUACAGCCUCUUUUAUUCCCUUGUGUAUGUCCAAGGAUGAGAGAGCUGUAUUAAUGGUGGAAAGCGGGGUCGAAAUGAUAGGGUUCCUGAUCCACAAAAAGGAGAAGCCUACAAAAACUAUAUUACACUCUUCAAAGAGUUCGCCUCUUGGGUCCCAGUUCAUUCUAUCAGAGUGCGCUUUUGAAGCAACAUGCUUCAAAGAAUCUGCUGUUUGCCUAGCAUCAGGCAGGGACAGGCAAAAAGAAAUUGUGGAGUCUGCUGAUGAAGAGAGGGCAACCAAGCAAUCAGAGGUCAAUCUUCUGAUGGAUGAAGUUGAACGGGCUCAGACAUGGCUUCUUAGGCUUGAGAGGGGGAAGGGACUUCUGCGCUUCAAAUUAGACACAGCAAAUGAAGACACUGAGAAUAAGAAAAGUGAUACUUCAGAUUCAUAUAGCAUCCUUGAGAAUUCUUUAAUUGCCAAAGAGAAGAUCAUCGCGGAACUCAACAUGGAACUGCACAAUAUUGAAACAACAUUAUCAAAUGAAAGAGAGGAACACCUGAAAGAGAUCAAGAAGUUGAACACACUGCUCAUUGAAAAGGAAGCUGCUCUCGGGGAGAUGAAGAAAGAGCUUCAGGGUAGGCCAACAACAAAACUGGUUGAUGAUUUGCGUAAAAAGGUGAAAAUUUUGCAGGGCUGUAGUUCCAAGGAUAAGAAAGGAAUCCUAUUUGAUGACUCAGAUCUUUCAGAGGCUAGGAGCACUGAGGUGUCUGAGGAAAUAAGGCAGUUGAAGGAAAAGAUAGGAGCGUUAACAGCAGAACUGGAAAAGACAAAAGCUGAUAAUGUCAAACUUUACGGAAAGAUUCGUUAUGUUCAGGAUUAG